AGACCGGACCGGUUUUGUUUGAAGUGGAUAUUGUACAUUAAAGAAAUGGCGCAAAACGUGUCGUUUUAUUUGUUCAAUUCUGUUACCCUAACUGAGGCACUCGUAAGAUAGUUGUUGCUGAAGAGAGUUGAACACCAGGAAUUUCACUGCCUGAAAGUUGAAUAUAUGGACACUGAAGCUGACUCAAGAGAUACUUCUCUCAUUCUGCUCAAGCAAGGAGCUGAAGCUAGGGUUUUUGAGUCUUCUUUUGUGGGAAGGAAAUCCGUUGUCAAGGAACGCUUCUCAAAGAAGUACAGGCAUCCAGCUUUGGAUUCAAAAUUGACCCUCAAGCGCUUAAAUGCGGAGGCUAGGUGCAUGACCAAAGCAAGGCGACUUGGGGUUUGUACUCCUGUGCUGUAUGCUGUGGAUCAUGUGUUGCACACUUUAACAUUUGAAUAUGUUACUGGCCCUUCAGUCAAAGAUGUGUUUCUUGAAUUCGGGGCACUUGGGACUGAUAAAGAGUGGCUGGAUAAUAUUGCAUCCCAAAUUGGUGAUGCAAUUGGGAAGUUACAUGAUGGUGGUCUUAUUCAUGGUGAUUUAACAACAUCAAACAUGUUACUGAAGAGUGAUACCAAGCAGUUGGUUCUUAUUGAUUUUGGUCUGAGCUUCACUUCAACUCUUCCAGAAGAUAAAGCUGUUGAUUUGUAUGUUCUGGAAAGAUCUAUUAUUUCAAUGCAUUCAUCAUGUGGGAAUGUGAUGGAUCAAAUUCUUGCUGCAUACAGAAAGUCAUCAAAACAGUGGUCAACCACAUUAAACAAGCUAGCACAAGUGCGACAAAGAGGGCGGAAGAGGACCAUGGUUGGAUGAAUCUGUCUCAAAUUUCAUUUCUUUAUUGAGAUAUAAAAAAAAGACAACUAAGGAUGUUAUUAAUGUAGUUUAUCUUCACAUUCUCUCUCUAUUUGUAUCUUUGUAGUGUGGUUAUCUUCUACAGUUUAUGAAAAAUGUGAUGGCUUUUAAAAAGCAUAAUGCUACACAAAUGCUUAUCUUCUACUCUGGUCACUUAUCACAUACAUUGAUUCAAAUCCACAUUGAACUCUCAGGAUAUUUACUG